AUGGUUAGGAGAAGGACAGCAGAGGAGAGGAGAAGAUGCGCAGAAGAGAAUGGAUUCGAUGAUGACGACACGGAUGUUGAUGACAAACCUAUCCCACGUGACGUCUUAGACUACACCAAAGAGAGAUACAAUCACCAGAUGGACCUGUGGAUCGAUGGCCUAUUACGGAAGAAGCUCGGUUUAUCAACAACCACAAGACCAAAGAACUACCUUACACUCGAAAAUUACAUGCACCUAGAGAGGCAGCUCUGGCAGAACGAUGGACAAGACUUCGUACACGAAGCGUCCCGAGUUUUCAUUAGCGGAAAAUUGAAGUGUCGCGUCUUCACACCAGCUAGACUAGGUGAGGUUAGUGAGGGCUCGACCCGGAGAGGUACCAGCAAAGGAUUGCGUUAUAGGCCUCUUGUCGUGAACCCAAUGCUCUUCUUGCUCGCUAUUUGCCUUGCGGCGGGAGCAUUCAAAAAGUAUAAGACUCUCAAAGAGGUUUUAGACGUUAGACCGCCGGCAAACCAAAGGUACUGGGUCCUCGAAUGGUCCCCUCACGUCCUGGACCUACCGGUUUUUCCAGAAGCAUCAGUAGACGGGCCGACCAAUAAGAUCCAAACGGGUAAUUCGUUCAACACGCAACUCAGGUACCUCGCUAUUCGAGCAGGGGUAAGUCCCGUGACGGUUCACAGCAUGCGGAGGGAGGCCCUCAUCUUGGCUACAGCCAAUGGUUAUUCGGACAGGGAAUUGAUAAACUUUGCCGCACACACGAACAAAAUGACGCUCACAAGAGACUAUUUGAGUUCUAUAACCGUUGUAGAUGGUCUGGCCAGUUUCCUUAAACUACCUCUUCGAAGCGACCAGGCCGAGGACUUCCGGUCCAUGACAGCUAACCGAAAUCCCGAGCUUUUGCAAUCACUGCCUGCGAAGGUGCAGGACGAGUUAAGGCAGAGAGAGGAUUAUAUUGCCAUCACAAAGAAAAUCGAGGACCUGGCCCUUGAGAUGAGCUCCGCCCGAAAUGGGACGGUCGCUCGAGAGUUGAAGUCGGAGCGGGGCCAACUAUAUGAACAGAGGCGGGUGCUCGAGGAGGAGUUGAACAGGAUCCGCUGGAACCAGGAGCGAAUACAUCCCUCAGAGCGCAAGGAAAAGGUUUACGUGGACCAACAUUGUUCCCGAUUCGAUCGCCUUCGUCAUAUGAUGCCGGAGCGAAUAACUGCGGAGUCGCCUACCAACCUUCGCUCCGGCCGCUACAAACCGGAUGCGCAAUGCCGUAUCACGCUGCGGGGAGAUGCCAAGUGCAGCACUGCGGCGUGGACAGGUGCCCGUAUUGUGACGUAG